UCAUCAAGAGCAAGCUUCACAUCAAACAACCACUUAUCUUUCUAGUGAAAACCACCCGUUGACCGUUGCUCACUCCUCAUAGAACUCGUCAGAAUGGAUCCUUGGUCUUCGAAUGAUUGGGUUGAAUCUACUGAACCUGCAAGUUCUUCAACACUACAGCUUGAACUUGAUCUGAAAACAACAAACGAGCAGCUUCAAUCUACUCCAUCCACUUGGCCUGUUCCUGACUUAAGCUUACCCAACUGGGACAACCCCUCACCUCCAAAAUCAAGCUCACCUCCACCAACUUCAAAUCUCCCUCUAGCUGACUCGAGCCAGACUCGAUCACAGCUCGAUCCAGCCACAUCGCCCAUCGAAACGCUGACCAUCAAUACACACAUCAGCUCGCCUGCGAGCUCGAGCCAAUCUGUUUUCAAGACGCCUGACUCUGCUGGCUCAGAUAAAUGGGUCCAGUCCAACCAAUCACCCGUCAAUGAGCCAUCGACUGCCUUACACGAGCCUGUUACCUCGGAUUCCAUCCAGAUGACGUCAUCAGCCAUCGCCCCUUCCAUCUCCGCCGAUCUUAGUCAUCCAACUCAGCCCGCUCCCGAUCCCGAUCCCGAUCUCGAUAGGUGGGGAACAUUCACUCAGACCGACCUCCCCCCAAUCGCAUCGGUCAUCCCCUUUCCUGAGCCGGAUCCCCCGAGCUUUGCAUCCACAUCGCCCAUUGAAUCCGGAUGGAAUGGCGAAACUCAUCUGGGGGGAUGGGACGAUGGGCUGGCCAUUGACCAUUCCCUACCGUCCUUAGGGACCUCAGACUCUAUUCCAAGACCAGAUGAGAACAAUGAUCAGCAGGGUUGGUCCUCACCUCACUUCUCAGACCCUGAUCAUAAUGACACCUCGGGAGAUGAUUGGGGUCAGUCGAAGCUGCAGGGGGUAGAUGGAAUGUCCCCGACCGCCCUGUCCAAGCAAACAAUGGACAGUCAAAAAUCAGCCCAUGAUCAAUCUGCUGGUAGUGAAUUGGCUGGACAUGUCGGGGAGCUAUCUAAGGAUCCUCUACCCGAGUCUUCAGCGAGAUCUGCCGAAGUUUUCCAAUCAGCCAUGUCAAAAACUGCCCAAGCUGCCACCAACGCGAUGAAUUCAGCAAUGAACCCUAGAAGCUUAUUUCCCAACGCCAGCACUCAAUCCUCCGUAAUUGGAUCCUCGCUGAUUGAUUCCUCAAAGCACGCGAAAUCAAUGAAUUCAACCGAUAAUUCAUCAUGGGGCGAUUGUUCGGCGCUAGGUGCUUCACAUCAUCCGCAAGAUUCGAAAUCUGGAGCGUUUGGUGUACAUGAUCCUCAAAAAACGGCCCAACAGCAAGAACAGAAGAAGCGUACCAGUUUUUUCGGGUUUUGGUCGUCGAAAUCUCCACCCACUCCGAGCACAACUGAUUCUCUACCGACUCAGAAGAUGGCUGGUAACCCCUCCGUGUUGCCACCCAUUGGGGUUGCGGAAACACCCGUGUCCUCUUCCAAUCAGACUAAGGGAUCUGUUUCUAGCGUCGAACCCCCUCCAGCCCCUUGGCCUACUCUAUCGCCUGCCUCUCCUGACCCUCAACACGACCCAGCACCUUCAGCCAUCUCACGCCUGUUCGGAAGGCUUGGAGCUCGCUCUAAUCAUGCCUCGAUCAGUACCUCUGCAAUCGAUGAACAAAGUGAAAUUACCGCCCCAUCGACCGAAUUGAAUGCCAAUGACAUCAAGUUUUUAGAUCACGUCAAAACCGUACCAAUUGAGGCAAAAUUUGUGCCGUAUGAUGACUUUCCAAGCGCUAAGAAUGCUAACCAGAACAACUGGACUGCAACAAAUACGAGCUCACAAUCUGAAUCGGGAAUUUUUGAUUUUCUUUCGGAAAACAGCAUCAGCAAGAAAGACCUCGUUUCUCGCCCUGUGUCAUCAAACGUUCCUGGUUAUCCCAAUGGCAGAGAUCCCUUCGAAUUCCUUGACUCGCUAUCUCCAGACUCAACCCGCCAGAAGCGUAGUUUCGGCGAUUCAAGGCCAUCAUCGGCACGGUUAUCAUCUUCGCCAAAAGUAGGCUCAAUACAAAGCUAUUCUCAUUUUUCUCCAUCGUCCAAUCACCCAAGUAACUCUGCGAGACACGCCAGUCUAGGCGCUUCUGAUCAGAAAAUCUCAGGGGAUGACUUGGAUGAAUUAUUCUCUCACUUUCAAGGUGCUGAGAUCUCACCCCAAGUCCAAAGCAGCCGGUCAUCUCCGUCUGGGAACAACCCUGCAGCUCUACGUGGGUUUCAAAAGCCUCUGGGGACUAAGUCAGUUCCACCUUUAGGUUCAACCCAAGUGCGGAUGGCUAGUACUAUUCCCAAGCCAAUCUUGCCUCGAGAUUCCAACAGUUUCUCUGCUAUCUCAUCAAGUUCAUCGUCAAAAGUGCCUAUUCUAGCCCCACCGCCUUCUUCAUCACGACCCAGCACAUCCGGCCCGAUCCCGCUGAUCCCGCCUCCACGACACAAUGUCAACAAACAAGUUCAGAAUACAAAUGCUCAGUUUGGUGCUUUAAACUCUGUCUCUCCAAGUCAAAACGUGACCAAGAAUCUCCCCUUCCAAGCUCCUAGCUAUAUGACCCCUGCUUUCCAGACAUCAGUCAUAAGUGCUACUAAGCCUGGGCCUCCGCAGCCCAAUAAGUCUAACCAAGCUGGUGGAUUGUCUAAAGAGGAUCUCAGCUUUUUUGAUUCAUUAAUAUGAGUAUCACAUGGAUUGUUUGUUGUUUUGUUUUUUCCUAUCAAAAUUGUCUUCGUGCCCGUGUUGGUAUUGUUUUGUUCAUCAAAUUGAUUGGUGUCUUUGUAUUGGUUCAUUUUUUUUACCCCUUCCACCUCUAGAUCUCCAAUAGUUACUUUUUUUACUCUAUUCUCCUGCACAGACACCCAAGCUGACUCAGUAUAUGUGUAUAAUUCCAAGCUAUUUCAGAUACAUCAAGUGUUCAUUGGUGAUGGGUACCAUUAAAAUUUAGUUAAUUUAUGUAACAAAUGGUGUCAAUUUGGCCAUUAAUAUGUAUUCCUAAACAAACAUCGCAUUAAGUCGUUCUACUCCAAACGUUUAGAAUAAACUCUCUUGUACAAAAGGUCGAGCAUGGUCUCCCAGUAUAAGUCGUCAGUUUUGAAGUAACGAGUCAAAUGAUCUCCGGUGGGGUGAUUUCUAUACCAAUAACCAAUGAG